AUGUACUCUGCUCCGACGUUAUCGUCAUCCGAAAGCUCCCUCUUAUGGCGGAAGCGUACUACACCUGCACCUCCGCCUCCGUUCAAAGCUUUCUCUCUUCCUUUCUCUUCCAAUUUACGUUUUAUCCACAGAACCAAAAUUUCACAUAUUUCUCGUUCCACUGAAACUUCCUCCCUGAAUUCAAUCCGUCGUGGUAGGAGUUCGCUCAAAACGUCUCCGGCGAAUGGGACGGUUUCGGGGGUGAUUUUACAAGUCAAGGUCAACCGCUUGAGCUGCCAGACCACUCGUUACUCCAUCGACGAGAGGAGCGUCAAAUCGUCGCCGUUAGCAUUCUCGUAUUCCGUCACCGGCUCCUAUGUCGCCGUCUGGCCUCUUGCGGAGAACGUUAUAGAGUUGGAGCAUUGCUUGUUCAAUCCAAACGACAAGGAGUCCCGUGUGAGGAUUUUCCAGCUUUUACGCUUAGAAGAGACCAAAAUGUUGCUGCAGAGUGUUAAAGUUUUCUGUGAGCUGUGGUACGGUCCGUUCAGAGAUGGAGAUCAGCUCGGUGGCUGUGCCAUGCGUAGCUCUGGUUUUGCUUCUACACCUACCACUCCAGCUUCGGUUGUAGCCGGUUCUUGGAGAGCUCUUCUUGCUACCACCACUACCUCUAAUGCUCAGGCUUGUGUUCAACAAGUUACUGGAGAGAAAGUGAUUGAUAUUGUGCGAGAAGAGAAAGAUCUUUUACUGCUUCCGAAAGAUCUGUGGUGUGAGCUACAACAAGGCAAAGACGGAGAAAGAGCUUUUUCUAUAGGAUGGUUGUUUGAGCCAGGCCAUGCUGUCACAUCCUCAUGUGUCUUCUCCAGUGCCUCUAAGCUAAAGGAGGUAACAAUGGCAAGAGAGACUGCUCAAUCACAUGUAUAA